AUGUCCGCUACUAUCGAGGAAAUCCACUCUGACCACUCCGACCACGACCACGACCACGACCACGGCCACGGUCACGAUCAUGACCACGAAGAGGAUCCGACCUCUCAGGCGGCUCUCGACAAGAUCCAGUCGCGAUCGGAGCGCAAGGCUCGCAAGGCUCUCCUCGGACUCGGUCUCAAGCGCGUCCCUGGCAUCACGCGCGUUACCCUCCGCCGUCCCAAGAAUGUUCUGUUCGUGAUCGCGACGCCCGACGUGUACAAGUCGCCUAACAGUGACUGCUAUAUCGUCUUCGGUGAGGCCAAGGUCGAGGACAUGAACCAGCAAGCACAGCUCUCGGCUGCCCAGCAGCUCGCGAGCGGCACCGGCGCGGUGCCGAACAUUGAGAGUUCAGGCGUGGGUGGCGACAAUGAGGAUGACGACGAAAUCCCUGAACUCGAGGAGGUGCACGAGGAGGGUCCCGUGGACGAGACCGGUGUGGAGCCAAAGGAUAUUGAGCUCGUCAUCCAGCAGGUUGGCUGUUCGCGUGCAAAAGCCGUGCGCGUGUUGAAGGAGAGUGGGGGUGAUUUGAUCAAUGCCAUCAUGGCGGCGAGCGAGUAG